AUUUGGGGGUUUUGCUUAAACCCCAAUUCCGAUUCUUCCGUCGAGGAACCCCCGCCAUUAACAGGACUAUUAAGACAACAAUUUAACGCCAUAUCAAAUAAUGGGGAAGAAGAAACAGAAACAGAAAGUGGUGCUACCACCAGAGCUUCCACCAGAUGUGCCUGAGGAUGAAAUUGAAGUCUCAGAUGAGGACUUAGACUUUGUCAAUAAAAACCAAGAGUAUGCUGGCUUUGUAUCAAAACUGGAUACCCAGUCAAUUACUAGACAUAUCAACCGUGUUGCUGAUGUGAAAGAAGAUGCUCUUGAGUCUUUGUAUGAGAAACGAUCAAGGAAAAAGUCAUUAGCUACUGACAAUAUUCAACUUGAAGUUGAUCCUGUAGAUGCUCUCCCAGUUAAGACCUUAGAUGGAGAAGUCUAUUACAGAAAAGUGUCAAAGGGCCCAAAUAAUUUUAAGAAUGCACAAAUCGAGGAUGAAACUGUGGGUGAAAAUGACGAUAUAGCCCAUGACAAUGGUGUUGUGAAGUUGACAAAAGCAGAAAAAAGGGCAAAACUUAAAAAGUUGAGGAAAGAGGCAAAGAAACAAGGGACACCAGUAAAAGAAGUGGAGGAAGUGCAACAAACCUCUCAAGCUGAAGUUUUGGCUGAGGUGGAAAAAGAUCUCUCAGUUGAAGAAUCCAAUGAGAAGAAGAAAUUUAGGCUUGCUGAGCUUGGAACAUCAAUGCUCACAGAUCCUGAAGGCAAUAUAAAAUCUUUAAAAGAAAUGCUGCAAUUAUGUAAAGAUGGAGAUCCAGCUAUAUCAAUACUAGGUCUAAAAUCUUUGCUAGCCGUUUUCAAAGACAUCAUCCCCGGAAACCGAAUUAGGCUACCUACUGAUAAAGAGCUAGCAAUGGUUGUGUCAAAGGAUGUCAAGAAAACCCGUUUCUAUGAAUCCACACUUUUAACUGUGUACAAGGCAUACCUUCAAAAGCUAAUGGGAUUAGAAAAAGUAGCUGGUUUUAAACGUGUAGCCAUUCGUUGCAUUUGUACUCUUUUGGAGGCAAACCCACGUUUCAAUUUUCGUGAAAGUUUGUUGGGAGUUGUUAUGAAGAAUAUAAGCUCCACAGAUGAUGUCAUAAGAAAACUGUGUUGCAACACAAUUAAGUCACUUUUCACAAAUGAGGGAAAACAUGGUGGUGAAGUUACUGUGGAGGCUGUUCAACUUAUUGCUAAUCUUGUAAAAGCCCAUGAUUGUGAUUUACAUCCUGAUUCUGUUGAGGUUUUCUUGUCCCUCUCGUUUGAUGAGGAUCUUAGGAAGCCUGAAGCUCCUAAAAAACUAGACAAUAAGACCAAAAAAAAGAAUUUUAAAAAAGGAAGAAGAAAUGAUGAUCCAAAUCAAGUGCCAGCUAGUGAUAAAAAGAAAAAUAAACAAGAAAUGAUGUCAAAGACUCGAGAGGAAGUCAAAGCUGAGUUCAUGGCUGCAUCAUUUGCACAAGAUGCAAUGGAAAAAAGAAGGAUACAAUCCGAUACUCUUUCAGCUGUAUUUCAAACAUAUUUCCGUAUUUUAAAGCAUACAAUGCACUCAGGAAAAGAAGGAAACGAGUCGAUAUCUGGUCCUUUUGGGGAGCAUCCACUUCUUGCUCCAUGUUUGAAUGGAAUUGGGAAAUUCUCUCAUUUAAUCGAUUUGGAUUUCAUGGCUGAUUUAAUGAACUAUCUUAGAAAGCUUGCCGGAGGAACUAGCGAUUCCAAUGGUGGAGGAAUCACUGAUUCCAGUCAUUCAAGCCGUUUGACUGUGUCAGAACGGUUGAGGUGUUGCAUAGUUGCUUUCAAAGUGAUGAGGAGCAAUCUUGAUGCUCUAAAUGUCGAUUUACAAGACUUUUUUAUUCAGCUUUAUAAUCUCAUACUUGAAUACAGACCUGGGAGAGACCAAGGGGAAGUUUUAGCUGAAGCCAUGAAGAUAAUGUUGUGUGAUGAUCGACAACAUGACAUGCAAAGAGCUGCUGCUUUUAUUAAACGUUUGGCUUCGUUCUCUUUAUGCUUUGGAGCUGCAGAAUCCAUGGCUGCGUUGGUUACUUUAAAGCAUCUCCUUCAAAAAAACGUCAAGUGUCGCGAUCUUUUAGAAAAUGAUGUGGGAGGUGGCUCGCUUUCAGGUUCUAUCACGAAAUAUCAACCAUAUGCUACGGAUCCAAGCCUAAGUGGUGCAUUUGCAACGGUUCUUUGGGAACUAACACUUGUAUCAAAACAUUAUCAUCCAACCGUGUCAACAAUGGCAUCCGGGAUUUCAACAAUUACAAAUGCACAUGAUCAAGUUUAUCGAGCAAAUGUUUCUCCUCAACAAGCUUUCAUGGACAUGAAGGUUGACCAGGAGAGCUUUGUUCCCAAGAGUGGUCAAAAGUCAAACAAGCGGAAGAAGGGCGGGAAGCCGGCGGCUCCGGAGGCGGCAGAUGGUGGAGCGGUGGUGGAUGAGGAGGCGGUGAGGGUUAAGUUGUCGGAGCAUUUCUUGCUUGUGAAUGAGAUGGAGGAAAAUGAGAGGUUGAGAAGGGAGUUGGAACGAACGAAAUUAGGGUUACGGCUUUAUAAAGAGUAUAAGAAGCAAAAGAAACAGAAAAUUAAAUAGGGUUUUGGAUUUUUUUUUUCGGUAUAUUUGAUUGUGUUUUGAAGGGAAUCAGGCUUUGAAUUUUGUUAUAAUGUGAGGUUAAUUUUGGUGAUGGAUGGAUAAUAUUUAUGGGAUUCGACUUAAUGCAGAAAG